AAUUGGUGGCAGCAGGCCAAGAAAAGCCACUCCAAGCUGCAGAGCGCUGCCCGCCACAGCGCGCCACUGAGCGCUACCAAUGCGGAGGAGGGCUCGCGCUUCGUCGAGUGCCCGGCCUGCGGCGCAUCAAUGCACAAAAAUAGUUUGAAUCACCACCUUGAUCUGGACUGCCCGGUACUGCACGGUUACGACGACGGUCCGCGCGCCAGCGACGCCAGCUCGACGGCCCGCAGCAGCAUCCAGUCCGGGCCGCGCGAGAGCGACGCCGCGGCGCCAGCGCGGCCAUCCGACGCCUCGCGCUACGCCGCGUGUCCCGUGUGCUCUGAGUCCGUGCUCCUGAGCGACAUGAACUAUCACCUCGAGCUGCGGUGCCGCGGGGCUGCCGCGGAGGCACCUGCGGCGCCGGCCGCGGAGGAACUCGUGGCGGCCGACGCCAUCGGCGCGUGCCCGCUCUGCGAUCAGAAGAUGCCUCUUACUGAAAUCGCGGAUCACAUCGACGCCGGCUGCCCGCCGCGAGCUGCGGCGGCGCCCUCGCCGCCGCGUGAGAGCCGCGUCCUGGAGGACUUACGCCAGGGCGCGUCGUGUCCCUUAUGCAUGGACGUGCUUGCUGCGUAGAAAACAAUUUCGCGGCGCUUCUCGUCGAGGCGACGCCUGCGCGAUGGCGUGUGAUUUCCACACAGGUCCUCGACGACCCGCACUGCCUCCCGUGCGCCCACGCUUUUUGCAAGGAUUGCAUCCUGCGCGCCUUCGAGACGACGCGGCCCGGUCACGGCCACGAGUGCCCAGUCUGUCGCGCGCCGUGCCGAAAGCGCUCGAUCCAGCCGGCGGCGCAGCUUCGCGCAUUGGUGGACAUCGUGCGCCGAGCGGAGGCCGCAUCGGCCCCGGCCGAUGCGUCGGACGACGCCGAGGAGGCCGAGGCCGAGGACGAGGAGGAGGCAGUGCAAGCUCCACCGUCGCCCGCGCCGCCGUCGCCUUCGCCGCCUGCCGCGGCGCCGUCGCCGGUGGCCGCGGCGCCGUCGCAUCCGCCGUCGCCCCUGCCAUCUCCUGUGAGAUCGCCUGAGGAGGAGGCGACCCUCGCGCGCGUCCGGGGCAACCUGGCGCGGGCGCUCGCCGCCGAGCCGCCCCUUGCGACGUCGCCGGCGGCCCCGGCAUCACCGGUGGCCGCGGCCUCGCCGGUGGCACCGGCAUCACCGGUGGCCGCGGCCUCGCCGUCGCCACCAGUGGAAUCGUCGCCGCCCGCGGAGUCGCUGCUCGCGCGCCGGCGCGCCGCCCAGGGCGCUCCGGACGAGGACUCUUCUCCCCCGGCCGCGGAGCCGUCGCCGGAGCCAUCGCCAGAGCCGUCGCCGUCGCCGAGCCCGGAGCCGCUCGCGCGCCGGCGGCCGCGCCGGGCCGCGGCGCAGUCGUCGGACGCGGCGCUCGCCCGGCGGCUCCAGGACUCGGCCGUCGAGGCGGCGACGCGGAAGAGGACGCGUCGGAGAUAGUAAUAGUGUGUCUUAAUGAG